GGAACCCGGAACUCUGGCGGCCUUAGGCUCCGGCGCGACUUAGCUGGAUGGAGAGACGGCCGCCUUGAGAACGCGGGACACGAGCGAUGGGUCUCAUCUCAGAGCUGAAGCUCGCUAUGCCCUGGGGCCACAUUGCUGCCAAAGCCUGGGGCUCCCAUCAGAGCCCCCCAGUUCUCUGCCUUCACGGGUGGCUGGACAAUGCCAACUCCUUCGACAGACUCAUUCCUCUUCUCCCCAAAGACUUUUAUUACGUUGCCAUGGAUUUCGGCGGUCACGGGCUGUCAUCCCAUUAUAGCCCAGGUUUCCUGUAUGACCACCAAAACUUUGUGAGUGAGGUCCGAAGGGUCGCGGCAGCCCUGAAAUGGAACCGUUUUUCCCUCCUGGGCCACAGUUUUGGUGGCACUGUGGGUGGAAUGUUUUCCUGUAUCUUCCCCGAGAUGGUGGAUAAACUUGUCUUGCUGGAAUCCUUCCCAUUUGUCCUGGAAACUAACGAGCUGGAGAACAUGCAGACCUACAAGCGGAGAGCCAUAGAGCACAUGCUGCAGGUGGAGGCCUCCAAGAAGCCCUCGCAAGUGGUCAGCCCGGAGGAGAUGCUGCAGGGGUUCCUGAAGAACAACAGUCAUGUGGGAGACGAGUGUGGGAAACUCCUCCUGCAGAGAGGAACCACACAGGUGGCCACAGGGCUGUUGCUGAACAGAGACCGGAGGAUCACUAGGCCAGAGUAUUACUUCAAUUUCAUCAGCAGAGAGCUGUUUGUGCAUUCCAUCAGGAAGCUGCAGGCCCGCGUCCUGCUCAUCAAAGCAACCCAAGGGUUUUAUGAUGUGAGGAGAGAGAACGACGCCAACAAGGAGCUUAUGCUAUUUGUGACCGACUCACUGAGAUCCGUCCUGAAAGAGAGGUUCCAGUACGUGCAAGUCCCCGGCAACCACUACGUCCACAUGAACCAACCCCAGCACAUGGCUGGUGUCGUCAGCGCGUUUCUACAGAGCAAGGAGAGGAUCCCAGCCCAGCUGUAGCUCUGGGCCCGGGGCUACAGGUGCCUGCUCAGCCCGACCCCCGACCCCCAGCUCCCAAGCCGAGGCCAGGC